AUGACUAUCAACGACGGCGGCUCGGCAGGUAUGAGCAACACAUCUCUCGAAAACACAGCCCGCCAUCAGACGAUGGAGAAUCAUGCUCCUGCCACCGUUGAACCAACUCUCCAAGAACGCGUCCCAGCCACGGACCCGCAGAAGGUGUUCCACUAUACAGACCUCCAACGAACUAAGCCAACUAGAGCCAAUGACCCGUACGACUAUCUCGUUGGCUUCGGCAACCGUCAUGAGUCUGAAGUCAUCCCAGGGGCUCUCCCUGUAGCCCAAUACAACCCGCAGGACCGUGGGUUUGGGCUGUAUACAGAAGGCCUAACCUAUUCUUUCUUCGCAGCACCGAGACACAGCAACAUGAGUACAUUCAUGUAUCGAGCGCGACCAUCCGCAGCCCAUCGUGGCUACAGAUCGGUCGACAGUAAAUCCAACGUGGAGAAUUGCUUCCUGUCGCUGAACCCAAAGGUCAAAACACUCCCAGCCCAGGCCGAGUGGUCGCCCUUCCCUCUUCCAACCGCGGGCGAUGAGAUAGAUUUCACCGACGGACUGCAUACGCUGGGCGGGAGCGGCGACCCGAAUCUGCGCGAGGGCGUAGCGCUUUCCAUCUACGCCUUCAACAAAAACAUGGACGGCAAGGCGUACUGCAACACGGACGGCGACUUUCUCAUCGUAGCUCAGCUGGGCAAUCUGAACAUCCAGACAGAGAUGGGCAGACUUUUCCUUCAGCCCGGCGAGAUCUGCGUCAUCCAACGUAGUAUUCGGUUCCGGGUCGAUCUGGGCCCGGACGUCGCGGUCGCUCGUGGCUACAUCAUUGAGGUCUGGGGCUCGACGUGGGAACUGCCUGACUUAGGCCCCAUUGGCGGUCACGGAUUGGCCAACGCGCGCGACUUUCUCUUCCCCAAGGCUUACAUAGACGAGGAUCUCCACCGGGACUUUACCGUUGUCGUCAAGAAUAACGGGCAACACAUGGCUAUUGAUCAGGACCACAGCCCGUUCGAUGUCGUGGCAUGGCAUGGAAAUGCUGUUCCGUACAAGUACGACUUAACCAAGUUCGCAUCGCAGAACGCCACAUCCGUCGACCACACCGACCCAUGCAUCAACACCGUCCUGACCGCGCGGUCACGGGAUCCCAAUACGUCGCUCGUCGACUUCCUCUGGUUUGGUCCCCGCUGGGACGUAGCAUCCAACACGUUCCGCCCUCCUUAUUUCCACCGUAACGCCGCCUCCGAGUUCCUCGCAUGCCUGUACGGCAAAGGCCUGAGUCGUUCGGACGAUUUCCGGCCCGGUGGUGCUAGCUACGAUAGGGGAAACACACCGCAUGGAGGCUUUGACGAUAGCUAUGUUAUGAACUCGAAGAAGCCGACCGUUAAUCAACCGGAGCGCAUCUUGGAAGGUACAUCAUCAGUCUCUCUCUCUCUCUCUCUCUCUCUGCUCAAACCAUGCGAUUGGUCCAGGGUCGUCGGCGUUAACUAAUAUCAUGCAGAGCAAAUGACCAUCAUGGUCGAGACCAGCAGGACGCUGCUGUUUACCGAAUGGGCGCGCAAAUCCUGCGGCGUGCUUCAGGAGCAAGGCACGAAUCCCGCCGUGUGGGAUAGGCUACCGGUAAGUGAAGCUACAUCAAGCCGGCUGGACCGACGUUGGACUAAUGUCUUUUCUACCUACAGGACAAUUUCUCUGCCAACCCAAGGGUGAAGGAGAUGCUAAAGCGAGCCAAGGAAGAUGAGGCUGCGGAACGUGCUCGAAUUGACUUUUACCACAACGUAAAUCUUUGGAACAGAAGCUAA